AGCUGUCUCGGUCAACAAAUCAAACGCCUUCAAUCAUGUUGACCCCUCCACGUCAGAGUGUCUCAGGCCAGUGUGUGUGAAGCAGAAUGGCCGAGCAGGCGGUGACAGCGAACACAGGGUUAGUUCAGAGAGUGAUGUCUGUUGUCGGCGCUCACGGUCUGGUCAGCAGCGUGUGGGGCUACGUGGACGCCACCGUCAGGUGGUGCUGGAUCCCCAGCUGGCUGCCGUCAUGGUGUCCCACCUCUAGCCUCCAGCUCCAGACUGCAGAGGACAGGAUGCUGCGAUGUGUAGAAAGCGCUUUCUCCAAACAAUACGUCCCCAUCGCUAACGGCAAACAGCUGUGGACUCUGACCUUUAGCAGUGACCGUGUCAAAGACCGAACCCCCAUGGUUCUGCUCCAUGGGUUCGGAGGAGGCGUGGGCCUCUGGGCUCAGAACCUGGACGCUCUGUCCCAGUGCCGGCCCAUCUGGGCCAUGGACCUGCUGGGCUUCGGACGGAGCAGCCGGCCUCGGUUCUGCACAGACGCCCAGGGGGCAGAGGACCAGUUUGUGGAGUCCAUAGAGCAGUGGAGGGCUGAAGUGGGUCUGGAGUCCAUGAUCCUGCUGGGACACAACCUGGGAGGAUUCCUGGCUGCGUCUUACGCCAUCAGAUACCCCAGCAGAGUGAAGCACAUGGUGCUGGUGGAGCCCUGGGGUUUCCCUGAACGCCCGGACACAGCAGAGGCCGACCGGCCCAUCCCGGUGUGGAUCAAAGCCCUCGGGGCCAUGUUCACGCCCUUCAACCCUCUGGCUGGCCUGAGACUGGUGGGGCCGCUCGGGCCCACUCUGGUCCAGACCCUGAGACCCGACUUCAAGAGGAAGUUCUGCUCCAUGUUCAGUGACAACACUGUGUCCGACUACAUCUACCACCUGAACGUGCAAAUCCCCAGUGGGGAAACUGCCUUUAAGAAUAUGACCAACUCCUUUGGCUGGGCUACCAGACCCAUGCUGCACAGGAUGGACCAGCUUCAGCCCAAGAUCCCCAUGGCCAUCAUCUACGGCUCCCGCUCCAGCAUCGACAGCAGCGCCGGCAGCAGCAUCAGGGAGAGCCGGCCACACUCCCAUGUGGAGAUCACAACAAUCCGCGGAGCCGGACACUACGUGUACGCUGACCAGCCCGAGGACUUCAACCACACGGUCCUGCAGGUGUGUGACCAAGUGGACUGAAGCUGGACUCAACAAGGCUAUUUUUAUAUCUUGUGUGAAUAGAUAGCUGUAUCACUGCAUCCUCUGUGAAGAAACACAGUAAGACUCAAUACAUAAGUAAAGUCCUUUCUUAUAUGAUAUAAUGAUGUUCUAUUUAGUCACAUCUUUCCCGGUCUGGUUGUGACACAGACAGGAAGUGGACUCUUCAGUACAUCGCUGCCUUCAACACCAGGAAGCAGCUAGACAUGUAUCUGCAGUCACGACCAAUCUCUUUUUAUAGUGUCUCUGCCCUCUGAUUGUUUUUGGCUUUUCUUUUUUUUAACUCAAAAGUUGAUUUAAUUUGCUUUUGUUAUGAAUAUGAAGCCAGAUCAGCUCUAUGGUCUGUUAAACCUACAGGAGUGUUGUACACCUGCUUCAUACCUUUCUGACUGCUGUCUACAGGAAACAUCUUAAACCAUUUCAAUGCAUACUUUAAUUCUCAGUGAAAGCAUCUUUCUACGUGCCAUUGAUUUUCUGCUGAGCCACACAGUAUAAUUGCAUACGUGAGAUACGUUUCAAUUUCUUUGAUGUUCACACUAAUAAUCUUUCCCAGACAAAUAUUAAGCCUGAAAAUGAUCAUUAGAUGCAUUUUAGAGAAAUGCUAGUUGAAGUUGACUAGCCCCUCACACGUUCACAAGAUGCCAGGAUGCAGCCCUGGGACCCGUACGUCGGGACGUCCCGUGCACAUAGUGCCCAUGGCUCUUAGUGAAGACGCUGCCUCCUGAGCUUUUGGCCAGAGUGUUGGUGUUCAGCUCUGUGUCAGUGGGGGCAGCCAGCUCACUAAAUGCUUUCGAUGCAUUUUAGAGAAAUGCCAAUCGAAGUUGGUUCUUAUUGCUAAUCUCAACUGUAACAUUGUCAUGUCAUCUGUGCAUCUGGACUCUCCGCUGUCUAAAAAACAAACAUUAAGAAAAGCAACAUGAUUUUUUAUAUAUAUAUAUAUUUAGACAAAUGGAAAAACCUAGAAGUUCCAGAUGUCUUCUGUGGCUGUGAAGCUACUUCCUGAAGUCUAAAAAAAUAUUGCCCGUGUAUGUCACCAGGGUAAUCUCACUUAGGGCGCGCAUCAACGGGAAGUGUAAGAUCCAGUGAUUUUAGACCCAUACUGUGGACUAAAAAGUCAGGAUUUCUUGAGCUCCAAUCUUUUUUAAAUCCGUCUCUCUCAGGUCACUUAAGUGCAAUACUGAAUCACUGCAGUGUUUCAAUGUAAAUUACAAAUAAUUUACAUGUGAAAGAACCAGUGGCCAGUCUGCUAAGCUUGUAUACAUGAUCAAUUGAGAGGCCUGUCUACCUCUUCUGAUGAUGACUUUAGAAAAAAUAUAUAUGUAGUUGAACAUAGUUGAUUUUCUAAUUGAAAUGCUCGUGUCUAUAAUAUGAAAGGCAGAAACUCCGAGUUUAGAGAGGUGGUAGGAAGACAGUCACGUUGACGUGUAACUGUUUCCCGAGAUAUAUAUAUAUAUAUACACACAGCACAGCAGCCUUAUCAUUUGUCAUAGGGAAAAAUGUCUUUGUAUUUUGUCUGCCGUUCUUAAAUCAGUUGCUUAAUGUUCAUUGUCGACAAAUAAAAAAAAGAAAUGUGAA